GAGGCACCGCUCUCGGCUUGAGCUUCGAGGAGUGGGGUGACGGCUACGAGGAGAUCCGGUCAGGUCUGGCCGAGGAUGUGGCGAAGCUGACCGCCGCCUUUCAGCAGGCGAUGCUCAAGCAGAGUGCCGACGAGAAGUUCGAGGUCGUCGAGGCCGAGGCCAUCAAGGUGCCUCCCUGCGAGCCGGCCUGGGCAUCGCUGGCCAGGCCCUCGACGGUUGGGGCGAGACCGGUGGUGGUGACGCUGGCGGCGACUCUCAAGAUGCUGACGCCGACCAUGCUGCUGGAGGUGGUCAUCGAGACGCUGGUGGGGAUCGACCGGCUGGUGGUCAUCUUCCUGCAGUUUCUGAUCCACCAGUUCAACCGCCGUUGGCUGCAGAGAGGACCGAGCUUCAGGGAGGUGCCGAGUCUCGGGGAGGCGCUGCGCGUCAAGGCGUUGCUGCUGUUCAGCUUCUUGGCGGUGCUGCCCUUCAGCCUCCUGGAGGUGACUUGGGUCAUCGCGGAGGUGAGCUGGGUCAUCAUGAAGGUGCGCUGGGUCAACAGGGAGGUCCGUUGGAUCAGCACGGAGGUGAGCUGGGCCAUCAUGGAGUGGACCUGGCGGCUCACCAUGGAGGUGAUCUGGUUCAACACGGAGGUGAGCCGGGUCACCGCGGAGGCGAGCUGGGUCACCUUGGCGGCGAGUUGGGCUGCCCUGGAGGUGAUCUGGAGCAUCGUGGCGGCGAUCUGGGUCAGCACGGGGGUGAGUUGGGUCAACACGGAGGUGAGUUGGGUCAUCGUGGAGGUGAGCUUGUCCACCAUGGAGGUGAUCUGGUUCAACGUGGAGGUGAUCUGGUUCAACGUGGAGGUGAGUUGGGUCACCACGGAGGUGAGCUGGGUCACCACGGAGGCGAUCUUCGCGUGGGUGGCGACCUUCGAGCCGCUAGAGGUGAUCUUCCUGAUGGUGGUGACCUCGGAGCUGAUCGAC